AUGUUUAUGCAUAAUUUUAGAAAUACAUUCAGUCGGAGAAGUAUUGUUCUGUGAUACACUGUUAUUCACCAAAGUGUAGUAUAAGAAAUUGUUAGAUCAGAAUAUAUAAUUCACUAACAAAAUAUGGCUUUAUCCUCAUGCAUUAUUUACAUUCUCCAACUUGUAAUUGUGUCAGUUGCUGCAGCAGAACAGGUUCAGAGUUCAUCAGCGUCAUCAUCAUUGUUUGAAAGAGAAGCUCUUCUAAGCACGGGGUGGUGGGGGAAUCAAAUUCCUACUUUUAACAUUUCAAAGCGGUAUCAUUGCAAGUGGACAGGCAUCCAGUGUAACAAGGCAGGUAGAGUUUUAUCUAUUAAUCUUAUAUCCACGGUGAUACAUGAUGAGGUUGGAAAACUCAACUUCUCUUCUUUCCCAUGCCUCCAAACACUUGAUCUUUCCUCCUGCGGGCUUAAGGGAAGCAUACCGGACCAGAUUGGAAUGCUUUCAAAACUUGAAUAUCUCUCCCUCUACAACAACUCUCUCACUGGUAAAUUACCUCCUUCCCUGGGUAACCUUACUCAACUACAUGUGAUUGAUGUAGCUUUUAAUCAUCUAAGUGGGCUUGUUCCCUCGACACUAGGGGGCCUGACUAAUUUGGUUUCUUUAUACCUUUAUAUGAAUAAUCUUACUGGCUUUAUUCCCUCAGAGCUAGGAAACCUGACUAAUUUGGCUAAUUUAUACCUUUCUGAUAAUAAUCUCCGUGGCCCCAUACCCGUUUUAGAGAACUGCAACAAUUUACGGUAUAUAGAGCUCUCCCACAAUUUCCUCAGUGGAAAUAUUCCCUUGGAACUAGGGAGCCUUGGUAAAUUGUACAGUCUAGCCCUGGGAAAAAACAACCUGACAGGGGCAGUCCCGGCAGCGUUGGGUUACUUAUUCCAACUUAACUACCUGAACCUAAGCUCCAAUCAGCUUAAUGGGUCCAUACCUGUUUCUGUUUUCAAGACCUGCAGGCGCAGUCUGGAAUAUCUAGACCUCUCUGGCAAUUUGCUCAGUGGACGCAUACCAGAAGAAAUUGGACGUUGCUCUUCUUUAAGAUCUGUCAGUUUAGGCAGGAACAAUUUGACUGGAGAGGUACCCCAGUCAUUAAGUUGUUUGUCACAUUUAACGUUCUUGGACCUUGAUCACUUGUGCAAUCUUUCUGAAACAAUCCCACCCACCAAUGCUCCACAGGGGUUCGACAACACGGACAACAAUUCCCAUAACAAUAGGCACGAUGAUGAAUCAUCUUCCCACCAAGAAAAAACACUUUUGCUCAUCAUACUACUCACAGUUCUUCCUGUUAUCAUCGUUGUUCCAUUGUUAAUACUAGCUGUCUGGCUUUUGCGUCGGCAUUCACCCAUAUUAAAUCAAGAAUUGAUGAAUGAGAGGAAUGGUGAUAUGUGUUCAGUAUGGAACUUUGAUGGAAAUGUUGCAUAUGAGGACAUUAUACGCGCAACAAAUGAUUUUGAUAUCAGAUGCUGCAUUGGAACUGGAGGCUAUGGCAGUGUAUAUGAAGCCAGGCUACCAAGCGGUAAGACUGUGGCGCUCAAAAAACUUCAUCGCCUGGAAGCCCAAGAACCGGCUUUUGACAGAAGUUUUAAAAAUGAAGUGCACAUAUUGUCGAGUAUAAGGCACAAGAAUAUUGUGAAACUCUAUGGUUACUGCUUGCACAACCGAUGCAUGUUUCUUGUCUACGAGUAUAUGGAGAAGGGAAGUUUAUUUUGUGCUCUGGCAGAUGAUGCCCAUGCCAUGGAAUUAGAUUGGAGUAAAAGAGUGGGCAUUGUGAAAGGUAUUGCACAUGCUUUAUCUUACAUGCAUCAUGACUGCACUCCGCCUAUAGUUCAUCGUGAUAUAUCAAGUAAUAACAUACUUUUAAACUCUCAAAUGGAGGCAUUUGUCGCUGACUUUGGUGCAUCAAGGUUGCUAGACCCAGACUCGUCCAAUCAAACUAUGGUUGCUGGCACUUAUGGUUAUAUUGCUCCAGAGCUUGCAUACACGAUGGUUGUAAACGAAAAAUGUGAUGUAUACAGCUUUGGAGUGGUGGCACUAGAAAUAAUUAUGGGAAGCCAUCCAGGAGACUUCCUCUCGUCAUUCACAUCCCUCAAAUGCAUUGAAAGUCGUAUGUUGAAUGAUCUGCUGGACACACGCCUCCCUCGUCCCACAAGACAGCAAGAGCAUGACAUUGUUCUUGUUCUGAAACAAGCAUUUGCAUGUUUGAGCUCCAAUCCCAAAUUUCGGCCAGCUAUGAUUACUUUAUCUAAGGAGUUCUCACAUAAAUCACAGACACCGACUUCAAUUUCUAUAUAUACCACUUCAGUUGAACAAGUUUGUGAAUUUCCCGAAGCAAACAGAAGCCUGACAACAAGUGAGGUGAUAUCGGUUUAGAUAUUCGUUGGUGUCCCCAGUUUAUGGAUUCUGCUUAGAAGUAUUAGGAUCAUAAAGAGCAGGACCGCGAUUGAGUUUCUGCACAUUAUCAGUCUCGGUGAUACUUAUUAAAAUAGAUGAUUGUGAUCAAUAACUUUUGUUUGAUGUAUUCUUUGUGUCUAGCUCCUUGUAAUAGAAUUCUGUAAUCAUAUUUGUUGUUGCUGAAUACUUGAGAUAGCCUAGACUUCUCAAUUUCGGAAGAUUCAUGUGUUUCGGUCAUUCUGUGAU